AUGAUCUCAAGACCCUGGCCUUUCUCUCAACUGCUCUGGUUUAAGACUACCAGAAGACAGUGAGGACACUAUGACCUUGCAUCAUUCAAGCUCCUGUGGUGCUUGUACAUCCUGGCCCUCACAACCCUUCCACAGUAAGUGUGGGCACCCCCCUACAAGAUAGGUGUAGUGGGCCCUUGGGCUUGUGAUCAGUUGUUCUCAAAGUCCCUGCCUGAGGUUGCUGCUUGAUUAGCCACUGAACAGAUCAACAGAGAACCAUCAUUUGAUCUGAGUUACUCUUUUGAAUGUGUGAUUCUCAACGAACAAUAAAAAAUCAAAAAUUUAAAAAAAGACUGCCAGACUUCCAGGGCCCUCUCCGGUUCCAUAUCUCAUCACCAAAUGGCCUCAGGAUUAUUUAUUAGUCCUGCCAACCCUGGCUACUCAGAGGCAGCUGCACUCCUUGGAAACAUCUGGGACAAAGGGAUUUUCUCUUGGGUUUGUAUUAAUUAUGAAUUAGACAAUAAAAAUAGCUACCCAACCUUUUCUCAGACACUCCCAUAGGUGCUGUUAACUGUGAUGGAAUAUUUCCCGUGGGCUCAUGCUGGAGUAACUUCCUCAAAUGAAGACAUUUGGGUGCAUAUAGCCAAUCAAGUUGCAAAUUCUCUUCAGAGCCAUCACCUACCUGUAAGGGUCAUCCUGACCACAGGACAAGACAGCCAAAGCAUUCCGAAAGCUCUCCAUCAGAUUUGCCCAGUGGAGGGAAUUCGCAUAAUCAUCAUGUGUAUGCAUUCAACACUGACGGGAGAAACUCAGACACAUCUCUUAGAAUGGGCUCAUGAUCUGAAAAUGAUGGACAGAACCUAUAUUUUUGUUCCCUAUGAUGCCCUGCUCUAUAGUUUACACUAUAUGCAUACCUCCUACCAGGUCCUGAAGAACAACCUGAAACUCCAGGAAGCUUAUGAUGAUGUGUUGACCAUUACAGUGGAGUCUCAAGAAAAGAACUUCUAUCAAGCUUAUACAAAGACAGGAGCUAGAGGUGAAAUUUCUGAGAAACUGGAGUCAGAUUGAUUAAGUACAGAUUUACAAGUUUCACCAUUGUUUGGAAUGACCUACAAUUCAAUUCAUCUUAUCACAGAAGCCACGAAUAAGGCUAUGAAAGAAAAUGGAUGGGUUAGUGCUGCCAGUCUGGUUCAGCAUUCCAGAAAUAUGCAGUUGUAUGGAUUUAACCAGUUGAUAAAGACAGAUUAAAAUGGAAAUAGAAUUUCAGAAUAUGUAAUCCUGGACACCAACUGGAAAGAAUGGGUACUACAUAGUGCUUACACUGUGGACAUGGAAAUGGAGUUCCUACAGUUCGGAGGGACUCCCAUUCACUUCCCUGGUGGCAGGCCUCCUUGGGUAGAUGCCAAAUGCUGGUUUGCAGAAGGAACCUGCCAAGGAGAUUUCAACCCUGUGUUUGCCAUGAUGGUCUACCUUGCUUUGCUUAUAACCCUUUUGUCUAUUAAUGGAUUUGUUUACUUUAUAAGCCAUCAUAUAAAUAAAAUCCAGCUGACUAAAGGGCUGAACAGAAUUCUACUGACUUUGGAGGAUGUGACAUUUAUCAAGCCUCAUUUUGGCAGUAAAGGAGGAAGUCAUGCCAUUGUAAGCUUCCAGAUUACCUCAGGGGUCCAAAGUGGGAGGUCCCUAAGGCUCUCAUUUUCUUCAGGGUGUCUAACUCCAGCUACUUAUGGAAACUCCAACAUAACAAUUUAGGAGGGUGAUUGGGUGUGACUGAAAAAGUUCCCCUCUGGAGAUUUUGGACAUGGUAACUCCAUCAAAUCAAGUGCAAGUGAUAUAUUUGAAAUGAUGAAGAACCUGUGUCACAAAAAUAUUAACCCUUUCUUGGGCUUCUUCUAUGACUCAAGGAUAUUUGACAUUGUGACAGAAUUUUGUUCUGAAGGCAUACUGAUGAAUGAGGAUGUGAAACUAGACUGGAUAUUUAAAUCAUCAUUUCUGCUGGAUCUCAUCAAGGGCAUGAAGUACUUACACCACAGAGAGUUUGCUCAUGGGAGGCAAUCUUGGAACUGUGUGGUAGAUGGGUGUUUUGUACUAAAAGUGACAGAUUAUGGCUUUAAUGAUAUCUUGGAAAUGCCAAGACUCUCCCAAGAGGAACAUUCUGCUGAAGAGUUUCUGUGGACAGCCCUUGAACUGCUGAGAGCCCCCAGAAGCAGCAGGUCAGGUUCUUUUGCAGGAGAUGUCUAUAGCUUUGCCAUCAUCAUUCAAGAAAUUAUGGUCUGGGGAACCUCAUUCUGUAUGAUGGAUCUACCUGCUGAAGAAACCAUAGACAAACUUGAGAAGCCUCUUCCUGUGUACAGACCAGUGGUUCCUCCUGAGCACACCCCUCCAGAAUGUCUCCAGCUGAUGAAGCAGUGCUGGGCUGAAGCUGAAGAACAACGACCAACUUUUGAUGAAAUAUUUAACCAAUUUGAAACUUUCAAUAAAGAGGAGAAGACCAAUGUUGAUUCUAUGCUUCGGAUGUUGGAGAAAUAUUCUAACAACUUGGAAGAUUUUAUCUGGGAGUAGACUGAAGAGCUGGAAAUUGAAAAGCAGAAAACAGGGCUUCUAACACAGAUGCUACCACUGUCAGUUGCUGAAUCCCUCUGAAAGGGGUGCAUGGUCAAACGUGAAUGUUUUGACUUGGUCACCUUGUACUUCAGUGACAUUGUGGGCUUCAUGACUAUCUCCACAAUGAGUGGAGAAUUAUUUGGAGCUUCAGAGUUCUCUAUGGCCAGCCAGGAGUUUGCAAAGUACCUGCACUUACUUCAGAAUUUAUGGGUAGAGACCAUUGGAGAUGUUAACAUGAUGGCCUCAGGCCUCCCAAAAAGGAGUGAGAAUGCAGCUGAGAUUGCAAACUUGUUCCUAGAGAUUCUGAGCUCUGUGGAUACCUUUGAGAUCCGGUGUAUGCCAGAGGUGCCAAUCCGGAUUUGAAUAGGCCUGCACUCAGGGCCCCUUGUUGCUGGAGUGGUGGGCCUCACCAUGCCGAUACAGCUUGUCAGAGACACUGUGAACACAGCUUCUUGGAUGAAAUCAACAGGGUUACAUGAGUACCUAUAG